CGGGCUGCGAGGGACGCGAGCGCCAGGUGAGAGUCUCUGCGCGCGGUGUGCACCGCGAGGCAGGCCGACGAGACCCUCCUCCCCGCUGACCCAUAGGUGACACCAUGGGCGCUCGGGCAAAGUCCGUUUCCGAUCCGCAUCGUCUUAUCAGAGCGCGGCCACCAUAGAGCCGUCAGUGCAUCAGCGAGCCGUGGGUGGUGGGCAGCCUCACUAAGCGACAGGGCCACCUGCGGGCGCAACGCUCACCCCACGCGGUGGUCUGGGCCACCGUCUGGGCCACCUUCCAUAUCGACACGCGCUCAAGAUGGCGCAGUACGCGAUGCUGGCCACCCUGGUGCUGCUGCCGCUCGCCCGGCUCUGCCCGUGCCCGCCGGCGCCCGCCGCCUCCGAGGUGUGCGGCUCGGACCACGUGACGUAUCCCAGCCAGUGCGACAUGGAGUGCGCCGCCGUGUCAGAGUUCUCACUCCGUGGGAUGGCAGUCUGGAGGCAGCCGUCGGGCCUCUCCCUGAAGCACCCCGGGCCGUGCUCCCCCGAGGAGGUCGCCCUGGGCCGCCCGGUCGACGUCAACGCCACCCGGCCGACCGGAAGGUACGCGCAGCACCGGUCGCGGCGAUCGGCCACCGAGGAGGUGCGCAAGUGGGACGAGUGCACGAACAGCCAGUGCGGCAACGCGACCUGCAGCGUGUGCACGGACGACCAGCGCCGCUGCGUGGACAUGUGCCACGUCAACUGCCUGUGCGUCUGCAGCGGCCAGCCCCGAGGCGGCAUGGACGCCGAACUGUGGUGGGAGUGCUUCGGCGGGAAGGGGCGAUGCUGGCACAAGUACCGGGCGUGCAAGGCGAGCUGCGGAGGGCAGGAGUGCGAGGACUCGUGCGAGCUGGACCAGAGGGAGUGCGCCUGCCAGUGCGCGCAGCAGGCCGACAACAGCACCACCGAAGCCGUGACCAACAUCAGCGGCGCCACCGAGGUCGUGACCAACACCAGCGCCACCACCGAGACCGUGACCAACACCAGCGGUGCCACCGAGGCCUCCACCGAGAACGUGACCAACACUAGCGGCGCCACCGAGGCCGUGACCAACACCAGCGCCACCACCGAGGCUGUGGCCAACACCAGCGCCACCCCCGAGGCCGUGACCAGUAUCAUCAGCACCAGCACCGAGGCCCUACACUCCUCCAGAGGUCGGUCAGCCACAGCGGACUGGAACUGGCGAAAGUACACGGCUUGUGUCGAGGAGAGUCGCGAGUGCGGCCGCGGCCCCUACGGCUGGCUCCGCGAGUUGCGCCGGGAGAACUCGACGUGCGCCUGCAUGGGGCUGCCCGGCGGCGACCUGGGCUCGUACCGCCGGGUCGGGGAGUGCCUCGAGCGGGAGGACUGCCGCGGCCGGGAGGCCCGGUGCGAGGACGCGUGUCGGACGGACGACUGCAAGGACGCGUGCCGCCUGGGAGAGCUCCGGUGCCGCUGCGUCUGCAACCACCGUGGUCGGGCCAGCCUCGGGAACAACGUCACCGCCGACGCCGAGGAGACCGGCGAACGAAUCAAACCCGCACAAGACGCAAAAUAAAUUACCAUUUUAAAAAAUCUAAUUAAAAACCCAUACGAAUAUAGCAUAUAGAAACUCUGA